AUGCCACCCAAACGAAAAGCCCCUUCCAAACUGUCUGGGCUAGUAGGCUCCGAUGACGAGGAUAUCAUGCAAGCCACAGCAAAAGAACCAGAUACCUCCAAUGAGCCUCCCGCCAAAAGACGCAGAGGCAGACCGCGUACUUCACACGAGAAUGUCAUCGAGACCAAACCCACCAAACCUACUACACGAACCAAAAAACAACAAAUAACUGUAAAUGAGCCAGAAUCAGCUGCAGAGAAGAAGCCCGCUCGCCGAGGACGACCUCGAGGAAGCCGUGCAGCCCAGGACGCUGAGACGCCUGCAGAGGAAGCAGUGGAGAACGUGCUUCCCGAACAUGAUGAUGCACACGACCGGAAGGAAGAUUCCCCCAUCGCUAAAGAUACCAACAAACAGCCACCCAAGGCAACGAAGGCUAAGGCCGCGGCGCCUGCCACACGCGGUCGGGGACAAGGCCGCGCGGUCAGCGCACAGCUCCAUACCGACGGCGGAUUCGAGUUUACCCCGGGUAGUGCUCGACAUGUUAGCUUCCAUGGACAUGACACUGAAAAAGACGCAACAACCUCUCCAGCUCGUCUUGCGACCCAGGAAUGGAAGGAAUCUGAAGCCGAAGGUCCUCAACAGAACGAGGAGCCCCCAGCGGAGCUCGUGAACGAGACUCCGAGCUACAAGCGCAACACGGCAUCCCCAAUCAAGAAUAGCCGCCCGCGGCCAUCGAUAUUACGCAACUCACAAGAUUCUUCUCCUCGUAAACGCAAGUUAGGAGGCACUGACUCCGAACAGGGUGGCGACCCGGAAUUGAGGCGCAGGCUGGGUGACAUGACCAAGAAGCAUGAUGCCCUAGAGAGUAAAUACCGCAAUCUGCGGGAGAUUGGAAUUGUCGAAGCCAACACCAACAUGGAGAAACUACGAAAGCAAAAUGAGACUGUUGUUACAGCAUCAAAUCAAUUGAUUGAUUCGCUGAAGGCCGAAUUGGAGACCCAGCGAAAAUUAGGAUUUCAAAGCCGUGGGCUUCAGAAGCAACUUAAAGACCGUGAUGUUGAAUUGGCUCGGCUCAAAUCCGAGGCCGAUGAAGCACGGAUACAGCUCGCCUCCGCACAAUCUGAAGUCAAAGCCUUACAGACAAAGCUCGCAGCGGCGCGCAACACAGCUGCUAGUCUCGAGGGUGCUGCUGCAAAGGUCCCUGGCAGUGCCAUCAAGGGUGGCGCCUCCAACCGUGCUAAUGCAGCUGCCAGCGCUGAAGCGGCACAGGCUUCCCAGCUCGCACAACUGAAGGAAGACCUGUACAGUGACUUAACAGGCUUGAUCGUUCGCGAUGUCAAGAACAGAGAUUCAGAACACGUAUACGAUUGUAUCCAAACUGGCAUCAAUGGAACUCUACAUUUCCAUUUAGUUGUGCCCAAGGCCUCGGCCGAUUACAACCAGACCGAGUUCCAGUAUUUGCCUCUCCUGGACUCUAACCGCGAUCGCGACCUGGUCAACAUGCUGCCAGACUUCCUGACAGUGGAUAUCACAUUUGUUCGCGGACAAGCGGCCAAGUUCUACACACGCGUCAUCGAUGUUCUGACAAAACGGCGAUCUCUCCCAGCAUAA